GCCGCCGCCGCCGGAGCCGCCUCAGCCGCCGGGAGCCGCCGUCGCCAUGGCCGAGAACGCCGCCGCCGCCGCCGGCCUGGAGAACCACCGCAUCAAGAGCUUCAAGAACAAGGGCCGCGACGUGGAGACUAUGAGAAGACACAGAAACGAAGUUACAAUUGAAUUGCGGAAGAACAAAAGAGAUGAACAUCUUUUGAAAAAACGAAACGUUCCCCAAGAAGAAAGUUUAGAAGAUUCUGAUGUUGAUGCUGACUUCAAAGCACAAAAUGUAACACUAGAAGCUAUACUGCAGAACGCCACAAGUGACAACCCAGUGAUCCAGCUGAGUGCUGUUCAAGCUGCAAGAAAACUCCUAUCCAGUGACAGAAAUCCACCUAUUGAUGACUUAAUAAAAUCUGGAAUUUUGCCAAUUCUGGUAAAAUGCUUAGAAAGGGAUGAUAAUCCUUCAUUACAAUUUGAAGCUGCAUGGGCAUUGACUAACAUAGCAUCAGGCACUUCUGCACAAACUCAAGCUGUUGUACAGUCUAAUGCAGUACCCCUCUUUUUGAGACUACUCCAUUCUCCGCACCAGAACGUUUGUGAGCAGGCUGUCUGGGCUCUGGGAAAUAUUAUCGGUGAUGGUCCUCAGUGUAGAGAUUAUGUCAUAUCACUGGGAGUUGUCAAACCUCUUCUGUCCUUCAUCAAUCCCUCCAUUCCCAUCACCUUCCUUCGGAACGUCACAUGGGUCAUUGUAAAUCUCUGCAGGAAUAAGGACCCCCCACCGCCUAUGGAGACAGUUCAGGAGAUUUUGCCAGCAUUGUGUGUUCUCAUUUACCAUACAGAUAUAAACAUUCUUGUGGACACCGUUUGGGCUUUGUCCUACUUAACAGACGGCGGCAACGAGCAGAUACAGAUGGUGAUUGAUUCAGGAGUUGUACCUUUUCUAGUUCCCCUUCUGAGUCAUCAGGAGGUCAAAGUUCAGACAGCAGCACUGAGAGCAGUAGGCAACAUAGUAACUGGUACUGAUGAACAGACACAAGUUGUUCUCAACUGUGAUGUUUUGUCUUACUUCCCAAACCUCCUGACGCAUCCAAAAGAGAAGAUAAACAAGGAAGCAGUUUGGUUCCUUUCCAAUAUCACAGCAGGAAACCAGCAACAAGUUCAGGCUGUAAUAGAUGCUGGGCUAAUCCCUAUGAUCAUACACCAGCUGGCUAAGGGUGACUUUGGAACACAGAAGGAAGCUGCUUGGGCAAUUAGCAAUUUGACAAUAAGUGGGAGAAAAGAUCAGGUUGAAUAUCUUGUACAGCAAAAUGUAAUCCCACCAUUCUGCAAUCUACUCUCAGUAAAGGAUUCUCAAGUGGUACAGGUGGUGCUGGAUGGUCUGAAAAACAUCCUGAUAAUGGCUGGUGAUGAGGCUAGCACAAUAGCUGAAAUUAUAGAAGAGUGUGGAGGGUUAGAGAAAAUUGAAGCCUUGCAACAACAUGAGAACGAAGACAUUUAUAAACUAGCGUUUGAAAUCAUAGAUCAAUAUUUCUCUGGUGAUGAUAUCGAUGAGGAUCCCAGUCUCAUUCCUGAAGCCACUCAAGGAGGUACUUACAAUUUUGACCCAACAGCCAACCUUCAAACAAAAGAAUUUAAUUUUUAAGUUCAAAAAAGUGCAGCUUCUCUGUCCCACACCAGUAUGAAGCACCACCAGAUGGCUACCAAGUGAAGAAACAAAAGGCUCCAAGACACACAUGCCUCUUCGUUUUGAUGCUUCUAAAGCAAGCCAUGUAUCGGUCACUUUGCAGUUGCCAAACGUCACUAUCACAUGGACUGUAAAUGCAUAUGCAUGAUCUCUUAAACUGUUUCAGAAUUCUUUUUAACGGUCCCAACUACCUUUUUUUGCCUUUUUCCUGGUGCCACAUGCUGACAACCGCAAUCUGCAGUUCUGUUAAGAAAAUUCCAUAGUGGUGGCACAUUGGCUUUCCACGGAAAAGUAGCUUCUUUGGAAAAUGGUGCGCUGUGGAUCAAGACACUUUGGUAUGAUGCGUACAUUCUGGAAGACUACAGGGGCCCAGUCUGCUCUGAGCCUUCGUCAUUGUCCUCCACAAACAUAUUUUCAUAUACUUUAUGUGGAAGAAUAGAUUAAAAAACGCAAGCCAAAUGAUUUCAUUGGUGAAACUGAAAUAAAAGUAACUUAAGCAAAAAACAAACAACAACACAACACUUGGCAAUUGAUUAAACACUUAAGUUUAAAGCAAACAAAAAAACUACUUCAUCUAUCAGUAAUUGAUGUGUGUUCAUUAACUGCCUCAGAAACCAGGGUUGGAGAAUGAACUGUAGAUUUGGACUGGUAAAGCUUUUGCCAUUAUACCUAAUUUUUGAGAACAGCGAGCCCUAUUUGACCACUCACUUCAGCCUGUGUGUUCCUGCUGUUUUGAAGUAAUCAAAUGCUGUGCAUGGUAUUUUACCUGAGCUACAACCUGUUACGGACUUGAACUUCUGGUUAAGCUGAAAGCAAGAAUCCCAGACUGUAGAGAGAAAAAAAAAAAAAAAAA